CGCAGUGGCUCGGUCUGGGCAUCAUGGCAGUGGGCGUCUGGGCAUGGACCGAAAAGGACACCUUCAACAACCUGUCCCGCCUCACGAACGUCGCACUCGAUCCAGCAUUUAUCCUCAUUCUAGUCGGUACAGUGACAUUUAUCAUCGGUUUCACGGGAUGCGUCGGCGCGCUACGAGAGAACACAUGCCUCCUCGCCGCGUACGCGAUGUUUUUGGCGCUACUACUGCUGAUGGAAAUGACUGUCGGUGUUCUGGGAUUCAUCUUCAAAGAUUGGAUAAAGUCACAAGCUACGGGAGGCUUCCAAGCGUUCAUCAUCCACUACAGAGAGGAUCCCGAUCAGCAGAACCUCAUCGAUUGGAUUCAAGAAGAUUGGUUGCAGUGUUGCGGCAUUGAGGGUCCGAGGGAUUGGGACCGCAACAAUUAUUUCAAUUGUUCGUCAAGCGACAUAGGCUCAAGGGAAGCAUGCGGCGUGCCUUUUAGCUGUUGCAAGCGAAAACCUAAUGAAAUCAUUAAAAAUAAACAAUGCGGUUAUGAUGUAAGAAAGCCCAGUUACAACUUUGAGGUCGCCAAAGUGAUUUAUGAAAAAGGUUGCAUACAGGCCGGCGAGGAAUGGAUAGAACGAAAUCUCCUCGCGAUUGCCAGCGGUGCGGUUGGCACAGCAUUCACUCAGAUUCUGGGAAUCUGCUUCGCGCAGAAUUUGCGCGCGGAUAUAUUCGCGCAAAAGGCGAAGUGGCAUUGACAAUCGCGUGCCCCCACGGCAGUCUAGCAUCUUGUCUUUAUAGAUGCUAACCGGCUACGUUGAUCGAAUCACAAGGUCUCGACGCGGACUCGGAGCUCCGGAGCGAGCGGAUCGAUUGGAUCUUUUCGCAGACGAAGAGCGGACGGAUAUCCUCGAAGGAUUUUCACGAUCGAGCCAACACCGAUGACCGGAUUGCGAUUCUCCGACGAUAAUCAGAUCCGCGCGAUAGCGCUGCGACUCGCACCGCUCGAAUCCUUCGACUUGUAAAUAUCCGAGAAACUUUGCAGUCGCGCGCGACGACCCCGUCCUGCUCCUUCCGUACCGUCCAAUCGAUUAAUCGUCUGAAUUGUCGAAUAAUGAGAGAAAUUGAUUGUUUUCGAAGUUCAGUCUUAUCGCGCCCUGAUUAACGUCGCUUUUGAGUAGAUUUCUUAUCGCAGAUACAGAUGGAGCAAUCGCCAAAAGUAAUGAAAAACUUAAAGAUAUCUACAUGUUAUUUAUUUGUGGCAUUGUGUAUAAUUUAAUUGUAUUUUAUACAAGGAUUAAUAGAGACAUAAAUUUUUACAUAUUAAUACAUGUAGUAAAAUGAGGAUCAACACAGUUUAUACAAAAAUAAAAAUUGGCAUUGUAAAUUUAGAUUAAUAAUAUAUUUAAUUCCAAUCUCAAUUUUUGGCAAAUUAUAAUCGGAUAUUAGAAAUAGAAAAUUUUUCUUGCCAUAUACGUAUACAUUUCUUUGAAUUAAGAUCAAUUUCUCUCGCUAUCAAACGACGUCGACGAGAAGACGUUGGUCGUCGCGACGCAAGCGUUCAGCAGGAAGGUUUUUCGACGAGUGCAUCGCAGUACAUCGUCACGAAAUAUCCGAUGUAACGUUUGUCUUCAUCACCGAAGCGGAACGUCUCGAUGUUUCAUCUCGACGUUGCUGCCUGCGAAACGUAUUUACUUUUUUGCGAGGAAACGUGCGCCAAAAUAUUUUUCUUAAGAAUUGCGAGAUCUCCAGGCAUCCCCUUUGCAAUGAUUGCUUCAAAAUUUUCACACAAAUCUAAUAUAAUCAAAAUUGAAUCUUUCGAAAAUCAUGGAAGGGCUUAUUUUUUUUAAUGAGUUACUCAAAUCCGUGAAAUAUUCCUUGUACGAAAAAAUUUUAUUAUAGAUUUUUGUACAGCAAUAAUAUAUUUUUUUCACUAGUAUUUCUUUAAGAUAAAUGAAUUUUGCUCAAAUAUAUAUAUGAUUUGACUUACAAGUGUCUUGAGUAACGGAAGUAUAGCUAGCUUGACUGAAUCGUUUGAUGAUUGUACAAAAGGGAUAUUUUCGAAUCGGAUAUAUUCGUUCUGGUAUAUCAGGCUUCUCAAAUCGACGAGUCAACAAGCGAUCACAAGUGACACUCAAAGCAGCGAACUCGAUUCCACGGAAAAUCGAUACUCCUAGGGCAAACAAUGGAAUCUCAUCCGUGGUGUCUGGUACUCGCAAUUCGAUCUCUCUCGAGACGCCUUAGGGCUGAUUGCAUCAACAUCGAUUAUCGUCGCUAAUCGUGGUUAACUGCAUUUCUGUUUUCUACCUAUAUAAAUCGAGGCCAUAAUUUAAAGGAGUUAUCAAUUAGAAUUAAUUAAUCAAGUUUGUCAAUGAUGCAGUUAAUUUUUAGACCUGAUCGUCAAUUAUCGCAAACUAUUGUUAAUCGGAUAUUUUCUAUUGGAGUUCAGUCGUACAAAACGUGUACAAAAGAUGAACGAAAUUAGUGAAGUUAAACGAUAGAUGCAACCAGCUCAGCUCCUUCCGGGCUCGCGCGGAACCGCUCGACCGUUGCAGGACACGGUCGACUGCGAAAUCUCGUCCUCCUGUCUGGAGAUGAAAAAAGUAGAUACGUUUCGCGCAUUUAGGAUAGGAAAAGACAGACGAACGCCUUCGCCUAGGAUUCGCGAGCUACAAUGUGUCGAGCCAUUAUAAGAUCGGUCAACGUGACGUCGUCGUGGGGGCGCGGUGAACGAGAAAAGUCGACUUCACCGCACAAGAAUUCAGCAACAACUUUUCGCCGUGAUAGAGAACGGUAGCCAUACAACAUACACAAGUAUACAAUAACUUUCCCUUGUUCCCAAUUGGUCGUCAAAUACGACGCAGUAAUGGAUCCACUGGGCCACCUCGGGCAUAUCGAUUCCUCCUGAAUUACAUUCCAUCCCUCCAUCGUUGGGCCAGAUGUCCGUCGUACCCCGUGUCUACCGCACAUAUCGUAUAUCGAGAAGCACGUCGAAAGCCUGUUUCGAUUUUACAAUCAUGACUAUUUAUCGCUACUAUAGUAACUGCGAGCACAAACAACAAGUGCAUUGAGUUUCGACUUUCGACGUAACAAGUAAUUCUUUAUAUUUCGUUAUAUAUAUAUUUUUUUAAUAUAAUUAAGUUUAAAAACAAUUUAAUCUUUAAGAUUCCCGUUGAAAUGUACAUACGACAAAUUUAACGCUUCAGGCUGGGAAAAAUUAUGACAGCUUGCGCAAACAAAUACAGUCAUAAAUUACAAUAACCGUUUGAGUGUUCAUCGAUUUGGAAUAUCUCACGAAAAAGAUAUUAUCGAGGGACUUCGACAUGUGCUGCUGAAGGGCCGAUGGUAAAUACGAUAGCGGUAAAUACCGCAUUUUAUAUCGUGUAGUAAAUUACAUGGGGUAGUGUGUAUUAUAUACUGUGCGAGUAGACGCGGGUGGCAUAACGUGGCUAACUUGGGCUGUUAAUAUUUAUAAAUCUUGUGUGCUGGGAAACAUGACGGUUCUAUGUAUUUAUUUAUGCUCGAACUUAACAACAAGGGAGCAAAAGUUUGCGGGAAUGGCUGAGGAAAUGUUUCGCGAGGCUUUCCCGAAUGUUGGAAAAUUUAUUGUUUUGCUGCAAACAAAAAAGACACUUUUCCGAAAACUUGGUAAUAAAGUGUGAUAAGGAAAUUUUUACGCGGCUGGCCCGCGCGCAAAACUGACUUGCAGUAUGCGUAAACUGCCGAUUUUUGUGACUACGCGAUGCAAGUUGUACCUAUGCGAUGUAUUAUUUGAAGCGUAAUUCUUAAUUAAUUUAAAACUAAUUAAGUUGUUUCAAAUAACGCUUACAUAUAAAAAAAGACAGUUUACAAACAAGCGUGUAUUCUCAGUUAAGUUUAUGUUUCAGCGUUUUGCGUCAGAAAGCUCUCUUUAAGCGCCGCAAACCGCAAAUGCAUUGUCUUUGGUCGAUCUACGUGCCAAUCGAUUGCACGAUAUAAUACCUGUUGCUAAGCGGUUCGAGCAUGAAUGCGAAAUAUGUCAUUCCAAUAUCUUUCUCUUAAGACGCUUCUAUUCCUUGUAAAACUCGUCGCGUCACGAUAGAUAGCCGAAUAUAUUAAUAUAAUUAACGAGAGAUACUCGUUAGAGGAACGUUGUUGUUAUUUCACAAAAUUUGCCGUAUGAGUUUACAUCUUGGCUCAUCCGAGGAACUUCUCUGUCGUGAAUACACGAUGCUGUGAUCCGUGACGUUAAUUAGUCGCUCGUUUCGCCGCAAGUAAAGAAGUUAAGUUAACCGACGAUUGUAAUUUUUUACGAGCCAUCGACGCGAGUGCGGAAGCGGGUUUAGCAAAGGCUGUGCUAUUUAAGACGAAUACUCUCGAAAUAAUACUCUUCUUAUAUAUAAUUGUUUGAAUGUUGUCCCUCUUUCCUCUUUCUCUUUCUCUCUUUUCCUCUCAUGUGUUCAACGUUAACAAUAUGAGCAGCAGACGCGUACACGUUUUAACGACGACUGUGUACAUACCGACCUGCAAUGAUCUAUUUUGCCAAGAUUGAAAUGUAGAAAAAAAAGAGUCAUCUCUAGGGAAAUAAGAUUUACUCUUAAACAAAAAAUAUAUACAUAUAUAAUAUAUAUUUCGAUAUACGUAACGAUGUGUAACUCAUAUGCAAAGUGUGUUGCGGUUUCUAUAUAUUUCAUUCGCAAGCACGCGCUUGCAAGCAGAUACAUACAUACGUCUAGUAUAAAAUCGUCGAAACAAUUUGCUAAACCCGACGUUCCCAGCCCGUGCAUCGUCCCAUUAACUCGAGUUGUUAACCUGAUCCGAUAUCCUCGUCGAGAUAACCGCAACAAGCAAUCUUGCCAAAGAAUAUACGGAUCACGUGACACGAAUUAAACCAGUUUCGAUUUGAAGAUAUACUGUAGUGCGUCGAACGUUAAGUUAGUAUACACGAUUUUACCCGUUAUUAUAUGUCUCCGCAAGAUUGUCUUAUCAAUCUUUUCCCCCUUAAAUUUAGUGCUUGAUCCGAGCCGCGGAUCAAGCUCGUCGAUCAUCGCGUUUCUCCGUUUCACAUCGCGUCGUUAAAUAUCAGUUAUUUAGAUUUGUAAGGUAUCUAAUCGUUGCCACAAGAUCGAGCCAGUAAUCUGGUUUAAUUUUAGUUAUUCGCGAGAGAUCUACGCUGCAGCCGUCCUACGAAAAUUACAAUCCGAGACCAGGUUUACUUUAAAGACUAACUUACUUCUAAAAUGGCAUUAUAGUUUCUCAUACUUCGUAUCGUAUUCGAACGAAUUGACAAGUUUUUAGUCUCUCUACGCACGAUUCGUCAUCGCAUCUUUGUAAUGUCUCAUAAACGUUUGCACAUUUCGCCUUUCAAUUGUGAUGACAAUUGCGUAUAAUUUCUUUUUUAUUAAUAAAGAUAUGAUUUACAUUUCUGCUUUCGUUGUUUUUUUUCCUUCUUUCGCUAAUUUUAUUUAAUUUUAUCUAUAUAUACGUUUAUAUAGCUUUAAUCCACGUGAUAUGUCAAUUAUCAUUUGUCAAUUUACUUUUUUUUUCAUAUCCUAUAUAAUUACUUGCGAUAAAUUCAUUUUUAUACAAAUUCACAAUUUUUACGUGUAUCAUAUUAAGAACAAGAAAGCUCUUGACAAUUUAUUAAUAAUAUUUAAGGUAUUUCUUACAAUAUCAAUGGCAAUGCACGAAGUAAAACUUAAAUGUUAUUGAUAAGUAUUCGUAAUUGCCUCCAUAAAGUAAGUCGACAAUGACCCAGCAACUUAACACACGAGAUAACUGAUAAUUUAAAUCUUACUAUUCGAUCCGUCUAUUAUGUCUUACGGACGAUUACAACGUUACAUUCCUUCUUUCAAAUUCGUGUAAAUACUGUAUAUGUAUACUUGUAAAAAAAAAAGAAAAAGGAACUAAGGGAUAGUUUAAUCGCUUGACCAACACCGUUACGGUGAACAAAGAUGAUGUAAUAUAAUGUUCUUUCCGUGUAGACUAUAAAACGGAGUUUAUUAGCCGAUCGGCAGUAUCCGAAUCUUGUAAAUAUGUAACCGCGUACGAUCGUGUCGUGAUAACCGAGCUAAAUCACUUAUGGUGCCAAAAACGUGCAGACAAAUUUGACACUUAUUCAGUGAAUUUGAGAAGGUGAUCGUAAAAAAUAUAUGAUCGAUAGCUUUUUAAUGCGUACUCCACGUUGUUUAAUGUGGAUUUAAAGCGGUUUGGAGCUCUUCAAUUUAAACUCGAUGUACGAUGUUAUUCAAAGGAUCAAAGUAACGUAAUUAAUAACGAAAAAAUUCGCGAAGCCCGGGCCACCGCAAUUACGCUGCACGAUUAUAUUUAUCUGUAUUUUAUAUGGCUCGUGUAUGUACAGUACACGCGCUUGUACACCCAAUAUAAAUAAGAGCUAAACACGUCCGAGUAGACUAAACUGAUCAGACAAAACCGAUGUUCUUACUGUUUCGAUCGUACUGAUCCUCGCUUCGUUAAAUUGUAGCGAAAAAUUCUGAGGAAAGCAAAACGAGAGCUUCGUUAUUUCGCGAAAUCGUAAUGAAGCUUACCUCUCAUGCCACGAAUGCGUUCAAUAAUCCUCGAAAAAGGGUCACGGAAUUCAGGUUCGUUAAUUGUAUUAAAAAGGGCAACUACGCCGUAGGGAAAGCUCAUAUAAGUUGAUUACGAUUUAUGUACUGCCUUAUUUUUAAUAUAGCCUCGAUUUAACGUUUACGAGAAAUAUAUACCCACGUUUGUCAAUCGCGCGCUUCGAACCGUCUCUGAAAUAAUUGCAACGACCACUGCCAUUGUGGUGUUUGACCUUUUGAUAAUUUGCGAUUGUAUCGGUGCGACUAUAUACAUAUGUAAUAUAGGUAAAUAGCACGUAUUCCUAAGUGUAAUCAUUGUAAUUGAACUAAUGUAAAUACAGUCACAUACUUUUCUUGUAA